ACACCAUAUACCCCCAAAUUUAGAACUAGGGGAGAUGUUUGCUCAUGAUUCAUUCAUGAUUAAAAAUAGUCAAGAAAGGAUGGCCCUUCCUCCUUCUCAGUCGUCGUAUAAUAAAAUACCCAACAAAUUUCCGCAUGAAGCUUCCCCAAAUCCAAUUCAGAUCUUGCCUACCCCCAUUAAUAAACCCAAAGUCCAAACAUCGAGGGUCAACUGUAUCUCUCCCUCUCCUUCUUCUUCUUCUCAAAUCCACCAAAGGGUAUCCAAAUUUCAACCAAGGAAUCCCCGGAUUCGUCAACAACUGGGAGAACCCAGAAUUUUCAAUAAUUAUUCAAGAGCAGGUGGUGUUGUGGUGAAGAAAAUGGAGGAUGUAUCUAUUUACAAUUCCAAUGGCAAGAGGAAUGGGAGGACUUUCGAUCACCUCCGGCACGUGGAGUCGAUGGAGACCAUGCCUUCUGGAGCAGGGAAAAUACCCAGAUUGAAUGCUGUUGUACUUGGUGAUUCACUUGCUUCUGAAGAAGAUGAUCUUAUUUGCCCCAAUGACGAGUUCUCCUCACAGGCUUUAAUCCCUUCUCCUCAAAAGUAUUUAGAGAUGUAUAGAAGGUCAAUUGAGGACCCUACUAGUUUUUGGUCGGAUAUCGCGUCGGAGUUCUACUGGAAGCAGAAAUGGGGCCAAGAAGUCUAUUCCGAGAAUAUGGAUGUCAGAAACGGGACUAUCAGCAUCGAGUGGUUCAAGGGUGGUAUAACCAACAUUUGCUAUAACUGCUUAGACAAGAACGUCGAAUCUGGAAUCGGCGACAAAAUUGCCCUCUACUGGGAAGGAAAUGAGCUCGGUGUUGAUGGAAGUUUAACUUACAGGCAGCUGCUGGAAAGAGUUUGCCAGCUUGCAAAUUACAUGAAAGAUAUUGGUGUUAGAAGGGGUGAUGCUGUUGUGAUUUAUUUACCAAUGCUUAUGGAAUUGCCAAUUGCAAUGCUUGCUUGUGCUCGCAUUGGUGCUGUCCACUCGGUUGUUUUUGCCGGAUUCUCUGCAGAGUCUCUUGCCCAAAGGAUCGUAGAUUGCAAACCAAAGGUGGUGCUAACUUGCAAUGCUGUUAUGAGAGGGUCUAAGAUUAUCUAUCUAAAAGAUAUAGUUGAUAAAGCCCUCACAGAAUCAACCGGAAAUGGGAUCUCUAUAGAUACAUGCUUGGUCUUUGAAAAUCAAUUGGCCAUGAAGAGGGAAGCUACUAAGUGGCACGAGGGAAGAGAUGUCUGGUGGCAGGAUGUUGUUCCUAAAUACCCAACUACAUGUUCUGUUGAGUGGGUUGAUGCAGAGGAUCCACUUUUUCUGCUGUAUACAAGCGGCAGCACCGGAAAGCCUAAGGGUGUUCUGCAUACAACUGGGGGAUACAUGAUAUGGACUGCGACAACAUUCAAGUAUGCAUUUGACUACAAGCCAUCAGACAUAUACUGGUGUACGGCUGACUGUGGUUGGAUUACUGGACACAGCUAUGUUUCCUAUGGGCCUCUGCUUAAUGGAGCAACAGUUGUAAUAUUUGAAGGGGCUCCAAAUUAUCCAGAUUCUGGACGAUGUUGGGACAUUGUUGACAAAUAUAAUGUGACAAUAUUUUAUACGGCCCCUACGCUGGUGCGCUCUCUGAUGCGUGAUGGAGAUGAGUAUGUCACCCGCUAUUCGCGCAAAUCCCUACGUGUCCUUGGUAGUGUAGGGGAGCCAAUAAAUCCUAGUGCAUGGAGGUGGUACUACAAUGUAGUUGGGGAUUCAAGAUGCCCCAUAUCUGACACGUGGUGGCAAACAGAAACCGGUGGCUUUAUGAUUACUCCUUUACCUGGUGCCUGGCCACAGAAGCCUGGUUCUGCCACUUUCCCUUUCUUUGGAGUUCAGCCUGUAAUAGUAGAUGAGAAGGGUACUGAGAUUGAAGGUGAGUGCAGUGGAUAUUUGUGUGUGAAAGGCUCAUGGCCUGGGGCAUUCAGAACUCUUUACGGAGAUCAUGAAAGAUAUGAAACUACGUACUUCAAGCCUUUCCCGGGCUAUUAUUUUACCGGUGAUGGCUGCAGCAGGGAUAAGGAUGGGUACCAUUGGCUCACUGGAAGAGUUGACGAUGUCAUCAAUGUCAGUGGACAUCGUAUUGGCACAGCAGAAGUGGAAUCUGCUCUAGUUUCACAUCCCCAAUGUGCUGAAGCUGCUGUUGUUGGUGUUGAGCAUGAGAUCAAAGGACAGGGCAUUUAUGCAUUUGUUACUCUGGUCGAGGGUGUUCCUUACAGCGAAGAACUCCGAAAAAGUCUUGUAAAUGCUGUGAGAAAUCAGAUUGGUGCAUUUGCAGCUCCUGACACAAUACAUUGGGCACCCGCUCUUCCAAAGACAAGAAGCGGUAAGAUAAUGAGGAGGAUUUUGCGGAAAAUUGCUUCCAGGCAGUUGGAUGAGCUUGGGGACACAAGCACACUUGCGGAACCAGCUGUGGUUGAUCAGCUCAUUGCACUUGGAAAUUCCAAAAUUUGAGUACAGAGAAGUCAGCAACAAAUAUUUUGGGUUAGCCCCGCGCUCAAGAAAUAUCUUGCCUGCUUACAAAAAUGAGAAGCAACAUGGAUUUGGGAUUUUUGUGGUUUCAGCUCCCUUUUACUCAAUAAUCAUGUUAUCUAUUGCUUGUAUAAUAAUGCAAGUAGGUUUCCAUUUGCUUAAACUUCUGAAAAUAGGGAUAUCCAUAUUUUCCUCCUACAUUGUGUCUUUUUGAGCCUGGCAAAGUUCCUCCCAUUAUGAAACCCAUGUUGCUUA